UUUUCAAAAAAAAUUUUCAUUUUUAAAAAAAAAAUGAUCGCCGCCAAGUUUUGUUUGUCUGUCAUUUUUGCAUUUUUGUUUUUGGAAGUAUCUAAUGCUGCGCCCUGCCUUUCCUGUUUGGGAGCUGGAGUUGCUCCAUGUUUAGGUGCUGCCGGUGUUGCUCCAUGCUUUGCCGGAGGACUACCACCAUGCGGAGCAGCUGCUCCUGCUUGCGUGGCUAACGCUUUUGCACCACUUCAACUUUCGUUGCCAUCUUGUUUGCCACCACCACCAAUGCCACUCCCAAUCCCAUCUUGUUUACCAGCUUCGAUUCCUCUUCAAGGUUGUUCAACCUUUUCUUACCUUCCAAUAUGUUGAUUUUAAAAAAAAAUUAAUUUUGUGAAUUGUUAUUAUUAUUUUCCCUUUUUUUUCUUUUUUUUUUUUGACAUCACUUUUUGUUUUUAAAUAAUCAUAAUAAAUAAUUUACUUUUCCGUUU